AAGUGUAGUACAAUAUGUUAUUAUGGUUAACGUCGGAUGUGCGGUGGCUCAUUGCACUGAAGUAUUCUGUCAGUACACGGAGGGUGUCUUUACUACUUAGCUUCGAUGUCUUCAGUUACAGAUUAAAGGAGGUGCGGGGUUUUUUUAAAACAUGGACAGGCGUCUUUAUCAUUUUUACACGUCUUUAAUUUUGGGGCUCACAGCUUUUACUUUGGAAACUGCAGCUUCUGGAAACUUAUGGCAUGCCAGUUUUACUAUUCAUCACAAUUUCAAAGAUAGCUGCCUUGAAGUUGCAGGCUCUCAACUGAAUCUAGUACAGUGCAAGAACUCUCCAUCAAUGCAGUGGAAGUGGGGGACCAGACACCGACUUUAUAACAUUCAAUCUAUGCAGUGUCUUGGUCUUGACCUCAGUAAAAGUGCAGUUGGAAUGUUUGAGUGUGACACAGUUCAUGUCAUGUUAUGGUGGCGCUGCAGUCAGCAUUUUCUCUUUAGUGCAUCCCAGUAUCGACUGUCAGCUACAAGUGGAACUGUAACAGCAAGCCUGAACUCGAACGAUACCUGGACGAAAGACAGCUCUUCUGACAGCAUCUGCCAUCAGCCUUACGAAGAGGUCUACACAACACGUGGUAAUUCUUUUGGGUUGCCUUGUGAAUUCCCAUUUAAAUACAAUGGAAUGUGGCAUCAUGACUGCACCUCAGAUGAAAGAGAAGAAGGGAUGGAAUGGUGUGCCACAACUUCACUUUAUGAUACUGAGAAAAAGUGGGGAAUCUGCUUGAAACCAGAAACUGGGUGUAAACGCUUGUGGAAUAAAGACUCUGAGACAGAAUACUGCUACCAGUUUAAUUUCCAGUCGUCUCUGUCUUGGAAGGAGGCUCGUGUGUCUUGUCUGAGUCAGGGAGGGGAUUUACUCAGUGUUUCUAACACAACUGAACUUCUCUACAUACUUGGGAAGGAGGGCUACCCCGACUAUGUGUGGAUUGGUUUAAACCAGCUGGAUUUAGCUGGUGGAUGGCAGUGGUCUGAUGAUUCUCCGCUUGCCUUUGUCAAUUGGAAACAGGGGAUGCCAAGCUUGUCUAUCUUAAAAGAGUCAAGCUGUGGCGUAAUGCAGUCUGAAGGUCGCUGGGAGAGUUUUUCUUGUGAAAGCAAGUUACCGUACAUCUGCAAAAAAAAAAACAAUGGUUUGCAACCAGAAAUUGAAAACUCCUGGAAAUACAAGACUACUAGCUGUCAGUUGGAUUGGCUCCCGUACAAUGGGUACUGUUAUAUGAUGGGAAAGGAGCCGGACACCCAGGCGAUGGCAAUUAAAACAUGUGAGGAAAAAAGAGGCGUGUUAAUAAGCAUCCACUCUUUAGAGGACAUUGAGUUGAUUAUCACCAAGCUGCAUAACAAUACAGAGAUAGAUGUAUGGACUGGACUGAUAAAUAACCAAUCCCCAGCCUUGUUUGAGUGGACUGAUGGGACCCCUGUAACAUUUACAUACUGGAGCCGGAACGAACCCAGUGUUCCUUUUAACAAAACCCCCAACUGUGUGGCAUAUACAGGACAGCUUGGCAACUGGAAGGUCGUACCAUGUGAAGAAAAGCUGCCAUUUGUAUGCAAGAUGAACGGUGAAGUGAAAAAUGAGACAAAAUCUGAUGAGGGCUGCCCAACAGACGGGGACUGGAAGAGAUAUGGUGAUUCCUGCUAUAAAGUUGAUAAGAAUGAAGUGUUCUUUCAAGAAAGUUUUAACCUUUCAAUAACUAACAGGUUUGAACAAGCAUUUAUAAACAGCCUUAUUAGAAAAUACAGCAAAGAUGAUACCAAGUACUUUUGGACAAGCCUUCAGGAUAAAAACAAUAAUGGACAGUAUGAAUGGAUAACUAAAGAGGGCUUGCAUCCUGUGACAUUCACCAACUGGAACAUGUAUCAGCCAGAUGUUCUUGGAGGAUGUGUUGCAAUGUCAGCAGGAAAAUCUCUUGGAAUGUGGGAAGUGAAAGACUGUAAAAAUUUCAAAGCCAUGGCUAUUUAUAAGAAGGUUAUCGGGAAUCGCAGAAAUCCAGAACCAGGAAUCAAUCCCAAUGCUACCUGCCAAGAUGGAUGGUAUUCUAAGAAAGACCUUCUUUAUUGUUACAAGGCAUUCCACCAUGAAAGACUAUCUAGAAAAAGAACAUGGGAGGAAGCAGAAAGGUUUUGUGAAUCACUGGGUGCCCAUCUUCCAAGCUUUCAAAAUUUUGAUGAAGUGCAAUCUGUUCACUAUGUGCUAAGAGAUACAAUCAGUGAUGAUCGAUUUUUUUGGAUUGGAUUAAAUAAGCGAUACAGAAACAAUUGGAAAUGGAGUGACAACGCACCAGUUUCAUCAACUAUGUUACUGAAUGAGUUCCACGAAGAUGACUAUCUUGUUAGAGACUGUGUUGCCUUUAAGACUAUGAAGCCCAACAUGAGAACUUUGUAUAGGUUUAUGCUGCCAACCCAAAAGAUGCAGUACUUCUACCUGAAACCUUUUCACUGUGGUGCCAAACUGGAGUGGAUCUGUCAGAUACCACGAGGUGUGAAGUCAAAAAUGCCUGAUUGGUAUAACCCUGGAGCACAUCAUCAGUCAUCUGUGUUUAUUGAUGGAGAUGAAUUUUGGUUUGUGAAUGACUCAAAACUGACCUAUGAUGAAGCUUCUUUGUAUUGUGAGAGCAAUGGAAGUGUACUGGCAUCUCCAAAGUCUUUUACAGCAGCAAGAAUGAUACAAGAUUCAAUAAGAACGAUUUCUAAAGAUAGUACCCAAAAGUGGUGGCUGAAUAACACAUAUCAUUUGAAAAGCAUUCCUAUGAGGUUUUGGCUGCAACCUUUCCCUCCUAGAGAGUGUUUGUUUAUUACUGCUGAUUCCAUGCGUGUAGCAGCUUUUUGGGAAGUUGACUGUGAGCAGCGAUUGCCUUUUGUUUGCGAGACAAUAAAUACAACAGCUUUAGAAACUGACUCAAGGACACAUCAUACAGUCGGAGAGUUAUGUGAUAAUGCAACCAUGUCUUUUGGGGACAAGUGCUAUAUAAUAAUACAACCCAAAAGCGUGCCAUUUGCUAAAGCCAGCGAACUCUGUAUCUCUCUUGGGGGAACACUGCCAACCAUCUCCAGUCAAAUUGAGCAAGAUUUCAUUACAACUCUGCUCCCUGGUAUGCAACCAAGAUUGUGGAUUGGGCUGGAGAUGAAUCUUAAGACUGGAAAUCCUGAAUGGGUAGACAAGAGUCCACUGACAUAUGUUAACUUUAAUACGCUACUCCAUGGGAGAACACGGGAAGUUAAAAUUGAUCAUUUAAAUCCAGAAUCUGUGAAACAGUGCACUUUUAUCCUAAAUGAUCCUGCUUCUUCGUUUGUGGGGACCUGGGAUUUUACUUCUUGCAGUGAUUCCAACUAUGUUGGGAUCUGUCAGGCUUAUAGAGCUAAAGCACAGGAGCCUGAUGUUUCCAAUGCUACACUGCAGUUCCAUGGCCAUACAUACAAAAUAAUCAAGCAGAACCUUACCUGGUAUGAUGCACUGGUGCAAUGCAGGGCAGAGAAGAUGGAACUGACCAGUAUCUCUGAGACCUACCAGCAAGCAUUCCUGACUGUCACAAUCAACAGGUUCACACAGCCUGCGUGGAUAGGUCUCUUCAGCGAAGACGACGGACUGCAUUUCCGUUGGUCAGAUAAUACCCAUAUCGUCUACAGUCGCUGGUCAGAGGAUGACACAGAGCCUAGUGGAGAGUGCGUGUACAUGGGUACUGAUGGCUAUUGGAAAGCUACUGCUUGUGAAGAAAAGCUUGCAGGAGCUAUUUGCCAUAUUCCUAAAAAUGACAGCACAACACAACCUGAUGCUGAAAGCUCAAAAUGUCCACAUAAAAUUCAGGAUGUUCCUUGGAUACCAUUCAGAAACAAUUGUUACACGUUUCAGACAGCUGCUAAAAGAUGGCAUUCAUUUCAACCACAUGAAGCUCAUCGAGUUUGCAAGAGUCUAGACCCUAAUGCUGAAAUUUUGAGCAUUAGAGACGAGCAUGAGAAUGAAUUUAUAAAACAACAACUGAAACCCUUCAGUUCGCUAGCUAGAUGGGUGUGGAUUGGUGUAUAUUAUGAUGGUAAUGGCAGCCUGAAGUGGUAUGAUGGAACUUAUGUUCAGUAUUCAAACUGGAGAAGAGGCAGACCAGAAUUAAACAGCAGUGAUUUUUACACCGGUAUCCAGUCAGAUGGUGCUUGGGAUUUACUUCCAUAUGAUCCCUUUUUUAAGUACUUUCAGGACCAUAGUAUUGUUGCUUGCAAGAUUGAAAGAGACUUUAAAGAUGACUACCAGCAGUCGUUAUCUGGAUUUAUAAAGCGUGGGAACUUCUCCUUUCGAUUGAUCCAGAAGAAAAUGAACUGGUAUGAUGUGCUAAGAGAAUGUAAAAGCAGUGAAAGUGAUCUAGCGAGUAUCCGUGAUGAAGCCCAGCAGCUCUUCUUGAAACAUCUGGUAAAGCUGGAUGGCUUUCCUCUGUGGAUCGGCCUCUCUAAUCAGGAUGAUACAGGGUCAUCUUUUGAAUGGUCUGACGGAGCUGUCUUUGACUACAAGCCAUGGGAAUUUGAAAACUCAAACUCUACCGGAAAUUGUGUUUUCAUUGACACCAAAGGGUUUUGGAAGCGUGCAAACUGCAACACUGUUCUCGAUGGAGCUGUUUGUUAUAAUAAAACAACUCCCAGAUCAAACAUAGCCGAUACUACAGUGUCGUCUAGAUGUCCCAAGAGUAAUGGUUUAUCAAACUGGGUCCACUAUAAAGACCACUGCUAUGCCUUUGACACAUCCUUCUACAACUACUCUGUGUUUACCAUGGAAGAAGCUAAAGCUUUCUGUCAGACUCUUGAUCCCUCUUCACAUCUGUUGACUAUACAAGAUGCAGAUGAAAAUGAGUUUGUGAUAAGCCAGGUGAAGAAGCACCCUCUCAUCACUGGGCGUGUCUGGCUUGGUAUUACACUUGACUCCCAAGAUCACCCAGAAGGCUGGAUUGAUGGUUCAAGUAUCAGCUUCUCAAACUGGGAAAAGAAUACUGACAAAGAGAAGUCUAAAGGCAGCUGCUCUGUUCUAGUAUCUGCAAGCGGAACGUGGACAUAUGUCAGCUGUAAUCACAGUCGCAGCAGGCUUGUGUGCAAAGCUCCUAAUCGACUGGAGAAUACUGCUGUAAUCAUUGCAUUUAUUUUACUAAUGGUCAUAACAGGAAUUGCCGGCAUAGUUUAUUUAUUAUACAGAAGAAAUAGGAUGAGGUUUUCUUCCAUGUUUUCAUCAGUGCGUUAUGAAAGAGGCUUCGACGAUGCAGACAGUACCAGUAUAUUAACAGAGACUAGAGAUGAAUAGACAUGGAGAAGAAAGUGCUGAUAUUUUUAUACAGCUUAACAAAAAAGUGCACUUUUACUUACUAAUCAGCACAACCACACAAAUAAUCAAUCUAUAAUUUAGUUCAUACAUUACAUUUUAAAAUGUAUCAAUCUAUGCAGGUUACAGCAGCAUAAAAUGCAUUAUUUAAUUCCUGGAGAUAAAAUUUUUUUUUUUGGACUUAGUCUCCCGAUUUACAAAAUGCUGUGCUUUUUGGUGCUUAUUCCAUACAAAAAAAUCUGCCAAAUAACGGGCAGUGUCUGCCACAGAAAGUUGGCAGCAAACUUUUUUUUAACCUGCCAGAUGCGCCUGGGGGUUAGCAUGUUUUUGCUUUCAAGAUCAGUAAAGUUCUGAUGCUGCAGUUAGAUCUACCCUAAACAAUACUCUGCAUAAAUUAAUUAAAAAAAAGUUUAAUAUUCCUUAAAAGUUUAAUAGUUCUGUAUGACUACUGAUUUGUCUGAUGUACUUAUUAUUAUGCUUUUAUUUCUAUUUGUAACUGAUUCAGUUACUGAAGCUCGGAAGUCAAAGUAUACAUUGUACUAUUAAUAACAUUUUACACCAGGUACCAAACAGCAGAAAGAUUGCAACAAUGUCAACAGUAGCAAAUGUGGCUCCCUUAAAACUGCCCACCAUGUAAACAAGCCAUUCCAUACAUAGUCUGUGACAUGCGUUUUCAAUUACAGUCAGGCACAUUGCAACCCCAUACUUCUGUUGUGGUAAGUGAAUCUGUCAACAAACCAAUUUACAUUUAUAGUACUAAUUUAUUUUAAAGUGUCAAAGUUCUAUGUCUUAUUGUAACAUAAUAUAUAAAAGAAGAUAUCUAAGAUUAAAUAAGUUUAAUAUUUUGUGUUUGGUUAUUGUCAAAAACAAAACAAAAAUGGAACGUCAGAUGCUUGAUUUUUUUAAUUGUGUGUGAAUGUUACAAAUAGCAUAGUGUAUAUUUGUCUUGAACAAAAGCACUUGUAUUUAUACUUGUGUAGGUUGUUAAUUUGUUAGAAUUGUUAGAUUUUUUUUUUUUUAAGAAAAAAAUAUUUUAGAGCGGUUUGCACAAACUACUGAUUAUCUGAUUACCUUAAAUGUCGGCUCUAAAAAUGUGAAGCAUAAUUAUUGACAAACUAUGAACAAACACUGUAUUUUUUAAAUCCUGCAGUGCCUGUAAUAUACUUUUCUGGU